UUGUUAGCACACCCAUGACUCAUGACCCAACGCUACCCUCUCUCUGUUCUCUUCUCUUCUCUGCCCUUUCGUGAUUUGCUAAGUCACACUCCCACUCCCUCUCUCUUCUCUCUAUAUAUACUCUCAUCACUCUGCCUCUUCCUACUCUCAUUCUCAAUUAUCCUCCCUUCACCGUCUAUUCGGUUGGUUACUUCAUUCUUAUUUUCUUUUUGAUUUUUUUGUUUAUGUUUUAUUCUGUCUUUAUCUGUUUUGGGUUUCUCUUGUUUUAAGGAAAAAAAUAAAAUGAAAAAGCUGUUGACUUUUUAACAGGGCAUACAAUACCCAGAAACGAAACGGGUUAAGUUGUUCUGUUUUUUGGAUUGUUCUGUUCUUCUCAUUAACAAUUGUUAUGGUUUCAUUUCAUUUCCCCAUAUGUUUUCUACGUAGUUUUAGUUAUUGGACUUUUGCAUUGGGUUCCAAUAGCAAUAGCUAGAGUACACUAAUUUCACUGAAGCUUCCCUCAGUGAGAGAUUGGUUCCAAGCACAAUCUGCUUACCUUCUUCUGCUCAUCGGUGUGUAAAGUGAGUAUCUUUAAUUGUCAUAAUCAGGGGCAUUGUAUACCUUAGGCAUGGAUCAUAAGCUUAUGGCAUGUAUUUCAGUGCAUCGUGUCCUUUGUGUUUCUAUAGUUCUGUUAUGUUCAUUUAGUAGGAUAACUUACCCCUAUGCUUGGAUUGCAGUCUUUCUCUCUGUGAAUGGAAUUGUUCUAUUAAUUAACCCCUGCUAAUUUUUCUUUUUGCGGUAAGAUCUUGUUGUUAAGCUGUUAGCUACUAUAUAUCUUGGUUGAAGUGUCAAACUAAUCUAGAUUUUUAACCUAAAGAAUUAUGUGCCAGUAUACACAGUUACACAUAGAUAAAAGCUAAGUGCUUGAAUUUUUAUCACCCUCCAGUAGAUAUGAUUUUCCGAUAAUUUUUGGGUUGGAGCUAACAUUAAUGUGCCAAUUUAGUUUCAUUUUAUGGCUUCCUUUUUCUUUUUUUAGAUUUUGUUAAUGACUGUGAAAUCACUAUGAUUUAGACUUUUUAGCCUGCCUUAUAUUCUGAAUGUGUGAUAGUCAUUGUGAUAGAAAAUCUUACAUUCUAGACUCAGUAUGAAGAACAACCACAAAAUCUUUUGACGAUCUCUUAUUUGGAAGCUUUUCAAUCAUUUGUACAAAAUUAAAAAUUUCCCUAAGAGUCUGAGAUCUAUCAAAGUCUUAAAAUAAAUAAACUGACCAUGAAAAAUGCUAACAACACACAUUUUAUUAUUGAUUAAAAUUUAAUAAAAAAUCACAUGUCACUUCUAAUUUAAUAAUUCCUAUUCAUACUUUUGUAUUUUUCAAUAAAUUUCAAUCAAUAAGAAAAAAUGUGUUAGAAAACAUGUUCCUAACAUUCCUCAAUUUGACAUACAUGGAAGCCCAUGUUGAUACUGUAAAGCUUGACAUCAAUUGUCAAUGAAUUUUUAAGUCUAUCAUGUUUGAUUCGAGCCCAUAUAUUCUAGUGAUUGGUGAUCUCGUGUCAAAUUGUUUUUUAUCUUGCUUGCAUAGUAUUUUGUUUUUCUUUGAGAAGUUAAGUGAGUAAGCAAGGGGAGGCGAUUGCAGCUAGUUUGAGAUGCUAUCUGCCUUCCCCUGUCUUCUUUGUCUCAUUCUCUGCUAUAUCUUUCAAUUAUCUGCUUUACUGGCUCACAAAUAUAUACAAAUCUAUGGGCGCACAUAUUUGAUCAUCUAGUGUCAUAUAUAUUAACUGACAAAAUUUGACCCAGCAUCAUAAUGGUUAUAUAUUUAUUUUAUAAUUGCCAUUUUUUCAUUUGUUGAGCUGAUGGUUGCUGGCUUUAAAUUCUUUUGAAUGACAUUUUGUUGUUUGGGUAUUAUUAUAUGAUUGGAGGCCCUUACACUAUCUGGGAAAUCUUUAAAUCAAGCUUUAUAUACCAAAUGGGUAUUUUCUAGUGGAUUAAAUAAUUUUGUGCAUGCAUGCACGUUUGCAUGUAAAUUAUAUUGAUAUGGUCCAAUUACAUUUUAUAGGUCACUGGAUUUUUUGUUGUUGUCCUUUUAGUAUAUAUACCUGUGAUAUUGAUAGUGUUGUGAAUGGAUUUCUUUAUACAGGAGAUAAACAUGCUUAGUCCUGAAGGAGAACUUAAAAUAAGUUUUGGCUAUAAAUGCAAUAGUGAUAGAAGUAUUCCUCGUGAGGUUUCCAAUGGCUACAGAAUCCUACCUGGAGUCCGUAGAACAAGUAGUUUCUCUUGCUUGUCAGGGGCAGCCUUAAGUGCAAAUGCUACACUAGCCAACACAAACAUAUGCAAUGGUAAGAUAGGAGAAGAAAUCCUUCCAAGUUGGGACUCUCCUAAUUCAUUUCGUAAGGUAACCUCUUCGCCAAGUCUUUCAAAGUUGGACAUACUAUCAUCUUCCCUCCCAAAUAGUUUGUCUUACCUAAGCUGCAGUCCUUCUACGCCAAGUGAUAUCCUUGAACAUGACUCUUGCAUGAUAAAAUCUGCAAGCGAUCCUUCUAGAAGUGAAUGUUUUCUUAAUGCUAAGGAAGUUCAAGUAGCAGGAGGAGCUGCUGGUGAAGAUAGAGUUCAAGCAGUUUGUUCUGAAGAAAAUGGAUGGCUCUUUUGUGCAAUUUAUGAUGGCUUUAAUGGAAGAGAUGCGGCUGACUUUCUGGCUGGUACCCUGUACGACACCAUCAUAUCUUACUUUAACAAGUUAAUUUGGGAGAUGGAUCUGGGUUCCAUAGAAGUUUCUAAUGAUGAGGGUUUAGGUGGAUCCCUGCAAUAUGAGUUGCAUGAUAGUCUUAUGUGUCAUGAGGACCAAUCUCAGUCAAGAUUUAAGGGAAUGAAUGAUUCUAGUCAUGGUUAUUUUGCAAAGGGUAGUCCAUCUACUGAGUCAAAAGCAUCAUGUGAGUCGUUUUCACAUGGAGUACUUGAUAUCCUGCAACGUGCUGUUAGUCAGGCUGAGAAUGAUUUCUUGAGCAUGGUUGAGCAGGAAAUGGAAGAACGUCCUGAUUUAGUUUCUAUUGGAUCUUGUGUUUUACUUGUGCUUCUUCAUGGUAAUGAUUUGUAUACACUUAAUCUAGGUGACAGUAGAGCAGUAUUGGCAAAAUGCAGUACAGAUGAUGGAAUAAAUAAGAGUGAGAAACUUGAGGCUAUACAGCUUACGGAUAAUCAUAGUGUUGAAAAUAAAGCUGAAAGAGCUAGACUUUUGGCUGAGCAUCCUGAUGAUCCCAAGGUUAUUAUAGCAGGAAAAGUGAAAGGGAAACUGAAGGUUACUCGUGCUUUCGGAGUUGGCUACUUGAAAAAGAAAAAUUUGAAUGAUGCUUUGAUGGGAAUCCUUAGAGUUCGUGACCUUACUAGCCCACCAUACGUAUCCACUGAACCAUCAUUGAAUGUCCAUAAAAUCUCACAUUCUGAUCAAUUUGUUAUAGUAGGGAGUGAUGGUUUAUUUGACUUCUUCAGCAAUGACGAGGCAGUAAAGCUUGUAGAAUCUUAUAUCUUGAACAAUUCUCUGGGGGAUCCAGCAAAGUUUCUCAUAGAGCAGCUUGUAGCUAGAGCAGCAAAAUCUGCGGGAUUCAGCAUGGAAGAGUUGAUGAAUGUUCCUGCUGGAAGGAGAAGGAAGUACCAUGAUGAUGUGACCGUAAUUGUGAUCAUGCUUGGGAUCAAUCAACGGACUUCAAAGGCAUCCACUGGCAUCUAAGACUGGCCAAAGAAAACUUGUAUCUCGAACAAUUUUAAUUGGACGCCCUUGUUUUAGUAGUAUUUCGUAGGUUAAAAGUGUGAUAUUCAAUUUGUAUAUAUGUCAUUGUACAUGAGCAUUAGUUCAUUAAAGUAUGUAAAAAAAACUAAAGAUAUUUUUCUUCAUUUGAUUGAAGGGAGAUGAAGGGAAAAUAAAAAAUAAUUUUUUAAAAG